UAAAGCGCCAGCACACGGUUAGCUCCCGAUCGACCUUAGCUAAGUACUGCUCGAGUAGUACGAUGCCAGGAGGAGAUGAGCCAGUUUUCAGAGGUUGGGAGGCGUUUGCAGGUGCAGGCGGAGGGUUCGCAGGUAUGGUAGGCAGGGGAGGGAACGGUGGUGCUGCUGGGCGUGCGAUUGGAGGUAGGGGAGGGAGUGGUGUUGGAGCCAGGGGAGCUGCAGCCGUGGGUGCAGGCGUAGGAGGACAGUUCCAGUUCCAAGUGGGAGGGAACGGUGGCGGAGGAGCGUUAGCAGGCGCAGCCAGACGACAGUUGCCGGUGGGCGGGUACGGUGGCGGAGGCAUGGGGGCUGCAGCCGGCGUGGGUGCCGCCGGAGGAGCGAUCCCAGCGGGGUGGUUGUACGGCGGUGGAGUCAGGGAAGCUGCGGACAUGGCAGAGCAUGGAGGUGCAGGCAGAGCGCCGUUCGUAGCUACGGAAGGAGGGCUCAGAAACAACGACCAUGUUCUGUCCGAUGGUCAACCGUGGUAUUACGGAAGGCCCAUAGGUUUUUGGCUGCGUCCUACUCAGCAGGCGACGACAGGCAGCCAGCCAGCCUCUACCACGACGAAUUCGCUAGCAAGCGUGAAUUAUGACAAGACGAACCCCUAUCGGCAGCUGCUUCAACUGCACCAGCCCAACCCUCCCCCGCAGCAGACACCACGGCGGCAACAACGUGACAACGAUGUCGUGAACCGGGAGCUAAAUGCUGCGCGUGGCCGACGAUAAUGACCAACACAGGAAAAGCAAACAUGGCGCCAAGAGACUAAACAAUGUAUAUGUGUGUAUCUGUUUGAUGCGACAUUAUAUGAGUUAAUAAAAAUGCCCU